AUGGCGGCCAUCUCCUCCACCUCCUACUUCUCGCAGUCGCAGCUUCCGGCGUCCGGAGGCGGCAGCAACGGCCGUCAGCCGCGGAGGCGUCGGGUGGGCAGCUGCGUCAUGCUCGAGGCGGCCUCUGCCUCUGGUAGUGGUGGCGGUGGCGCGGUGGUGGGGAGGACCAGGAGCCUGACGGAGGAGGACCUGGAGGAGCUCACGGGCUGCCUCGACCUCGGCUUCAGCUUCUCCUAUAACGAGAUCCCGGGCCUCUGCGGGACGCUCCCCGGCCUGGAGCUCUGUUACUCCAUGACGCGGAGAUUCCUCGACGAGCAGAGGACGGUGGUCGGGCAGCUGGAGCCCGCAGCGGCGGCGGCGGCGCCCAUCCCGGACUGGAAGAUCUCCGGCCAUGGGGAUAAUCCAGAGGAAGUGAAAGCUAGGCUCAAGUAUUGGGCUCGGACAGUGGCAUGCACGCUGAACUGGAGGUGGCUGAAGUUGAAGAAUGACGCUUAUGUUUAUGUGGUAUUGAGCUCGGUGAGCAAGUGCAGAGGAGGUGCUUCUGCUUUGUGUUACCGAGGCGACAGAACUGACCACUGCUUUUGCAAAAUUUCAGAGGGGGAGAGGAUUGCUGACAACAUGUAA